UCUCGCGCAGCCAAGGGCAGGAGCAGGCGGUGAGACCGAAGUAUCGCGAGACAACAGAGUUUUCCCGCGAAGGAGAAGCGCGCGUUUUUCCCUGGCUGGGUGUUGGGCGAGAAGGCUGGGUCUGCAGCUGAUGUGAGGGAUUAGCGCUCGGCUUAGCUGGCGCUGAGAGGCGAGGGCCGGGUUCCCCGAGAGCGUCCAGAGCCAUGCCGGCUGAGCAGCCCGCGAGCAGCGGCGGGUCCCCGGUUCCCGGAAUGGUUGAACAGGAGGAGACUGCUGUGAUUACCCCGGCCAUGCUGGAGGAGGAGACGCAGCUCGAGGCUGCGGGACUGGAGAGGGAGCGCAAGAUGAUGGAGAAGGCUCGCAUGUCGUGGGACAGAGAGUCCACAGAAAUUCGCUACCGUAGACUUCAACAUUUGCUUGAAAAAAGUAAUAUCUACUCCAAAUUCUUGUUGACUAAAAUGGAGCAGCAGCAGUUAGAGGAACAGAAGAAGAAAGAAAAAUUGGAGAGAAAAAAGGAAUCUUUAAAAGUUGCAAAGGGUAAAAAUUUAGUUGGUGGAAGUGGAGAGAAUGCAGCCACGAAAAAGAAAAGAGGAAGAGAAGAAGAAUCAUAUAAUAUUUCAGAGGUCAUGACAAAAGAGGAAAUUCUAUCUGUGGCUAAAAAAAAUAAAAAAGAGAAAGAGGAUGAAAGUUCCUCCUCUGCUAAUCUCUGUGUAGAAGAUCUUCAGAAAAAUAAAGAUUCAAAUAGUAUGAUUAAAGAUAGAUUGUCUCAGACAGUUAGGCAGAAUGCUAAAUUCUUUUUUGACCCAGUUCGGAAAUGUAAUGGACAGCCAGUGCCCUUUCAACAACCAAAGUACUUCACAGGAGGAGUGAUGCGAUGGUACCAAGUGGAAGGCAUGGAAUGGCUUAGGAUGCUUUGGGAAAAUGGAAUUAAUGGCAUUUUAGCAGAUGAAAUGGGCCUUGGAAAGACAGUUCAGUGCAUUGCUACAAUUGCAUUGAUGAUUCAGAGAGGAGUGCCUGGACCUUUUCUUGUUUGUGGCCCUUUGUCUACACUUCCUAACUGGAUGGCCGAAUUCAAAAGGUUUACACCAGAAAUUCCGACAAUGUUAUAUCAUGGAACUCAGGAAGAACGUCAAAAAUUGGUAAGGAAUAUUCACAAAAGGAAAGGGACACUGCAGAUUCAUCCUGUGGUAAUUACAUCAUUUGAAAUAGCCAUGAGAGACCGAAAUGCAUUACAGCAUUGUUAUUGGAAAUAUUUAAUAGUAGAUGAAGGACACAGGAUUAAGAAUAUGAAAUGCCGUCUAAUCAGGGAGUUAAAACGGUUCAAUGCUGAUAACAAACUUCUUUUGACUGGUACUCCCUUACAAAACAAUUUAUCAGAACUUUGGUCAUUGCUAAACUUUUUGUUGCCAGAUGUAUUUGAUGACUUGAAAAGCUUUGAGUCUUGGUUUGACAUCACUAGUCUUUCUGAAACUGCUGAAGACAUUAUAGCCAAAGAAAGAGAGCAGAAUGUAUUGCAUAUGCUGCACCAGAUUCUGACUCCUUUUUUACUGAGAAGACUAAAAUCUGAUGUUGCUCUUGAAGUUCCUCCUAAACGAGAAGUAAUUGUUUAUGCACCGCUUUCGAAGAAACAGGAAGUCUUUUACACAGCAAUUGUGAAUCGUACAAUUGCAAAUAUGUUUGGAACCAGUGAGAAAGAAACAGUUGAACUAAGUCCUACUGGACGACCAAAACGGCGAACUAGAAAAUCAAUAAAUUACAGCAAGAUAGAUAAUUUUCCUAAUGAAUUGGAAAAACUGAUCAGUCAAAUACAGCCAGAGGUGGACAGAGAAAGAACUGUGGUGGAAGUGAAUAGCCCUAUAGAAUCUGAAGUUAAUCUGAAGCUGCAGAAUAUAAUGAUGCUACUUCGUAAAUGCUGUAAUCAUCCAUAUCUGAUUGAAUAUCCUAUAGAUCCUGUUACACAAGAGUUUAAGAUUGAUGAAGAAUUAGUAACAAAUUCUGGGAAAUUCUUAAUUUUGGAUCGAAUGCUGCCAGAACUGAAAAAAAGAGGUCACAAGGUGCUGCUUUUUUCACAAAUGACAAGAAUGUUGGACAUUCUGAUGGAUUACUGCCAUCUUAGAAAUUUCAACUUUAGCAGGCUUGAUGGGUCCAUGUCUUAUUCCGAGAGAGAGGAAAAUAUGCACAGUUUCAACACAGAUCCAGAUGUGUUUAUCUUCUUAGUGAGUACACGAGCUGGUGGCCUGGGCAUUAAUUUGACUGCAGCAGAUACAGUUAUCAUUUAUGAUAGUGAUUGGAACCCCCAGUCUGAUCUUCAGGCCCAGGAUCGAUGUCAUAGAAUUGGUCAGACAAAGCCAGUUGUUGUAUAUCGCCUUGUUACAGCAAAUACUAUUGACCAGAAAAUUGUGGAAAGAGCAGCUGCUAAAAGAAAACUGGAAAAGUUGAUCAUUCACAAAAAUCAUUUCAAAGGUGGUCAGUCUGGAUUAAAUCAAUCUAAGAAUUUCUUAGAUCCUAAGGAAUUAAAGGAGUUAUUAAAAUCUAGAGAUUAUGAAAGGGAAGUCAAAGGAUCGAGAGAAAAGGUCAUUAGUGAUAAAGAUCUUGAGUUGUUGUUAGAUCGAAGUGAUCUCAUUGAUCAAAUGAAGGCCUCAGGACCGAUUAAAGAGAAGACAGGGAUAUUCAAGAUACUAGAAAAUUCUGAAGAUUCCAGUCCUGAAUGUUUGUUUUAAAUUGAAGCUAAAGAAUGACUUUUAAAAGCUCUUGUUUACAGUUAGUAAUUUACUUAUUGGUUUGGAAAUUCAAAUUGUCUACUAUUUUGUUUUUAUUAUAUCAUUUUACAUAAUGUAACUAGCACCAUUGCAUACUUAAUAGAUUAUAAUUUUCUGAGCCUUUCUAAGAAGGAAAUGCAUAUUAAGUUUAAAUUUUCAGUUAAUAUUUGAGACUGGGUAGUACUCGUGAGCAUGGUCUGAUUGUACUUAACCAUUUCCAGAUUUAUACAGUCUUCCUGUGGAAGUUUAGUAAACAUCUCUUUCCCCCCUUUCUUUUAGCAAUAUGGUUCAUAGGUUUUGGGUACUUCAGUUAUGGAGUAGGCUUUGGUGGGGGUGAGAUUUGGAUUAUGCUUUCUAUUCUUGAAGUAACACAUUGUUUGAUUUUAGAAUCUAUAAGAUAGUUUGUCAAUAAAUGUUCGUUAUAAGAUGAUCUCAUUAAAUUAUUUUGUCAGGAAAGUAAUAGUCAGGUGAAAUAAUAACAAAAGACAACGUGUAUUGGGAUUCAACGUUUUUGUGCUUAUUCAGUUUUAUUCACUAAUACUACAAGAAUAUAUGGUAUAAAGGUUUUAACUCAAAAUUGAGUUAACCCAGAAAAUGUUGUGGAAGAAACUGUAGUAGGGUCUUGUCAUAAGACAAGAAUUUGGAAAUAGUAUAUUAUACAGAACAAGAAAAAUGCUGAGAACUUAUAGGAGGGAGGGUAAAUUGAACUAGAGAGACGGAAGCAAGAUUCUGGAAUCUAACCCAAAAUCCAUAAGAGGAGAAUAAAGGCCAAAAAGGGAAGAAUUUAGGCCUUGCAUGAAAGGAUAAUCACAACAUGAAGAAGAGAAAUUUUGAAUAUACCCUGGGAGAGAGGAGGUGCUCCUUGACCCACAGGUUUUUCUAUACUGGUUGUUAAGGUUUCAGGGAAAAUUACUUUUGUCAUAUAUAUUCACAAGCAGAUCAGAUAAGAAUGCUUUCAAGAUCCUGGAACUUAGGCUCAGGAGAAAAAGCUGUCUUAAAAGAACAUUUGAGCAAGAGUUUUCUUUUAUUAAUAAAUGGAAAUAUUUGCCAGUCAGAGAAGCAGGCUAUCUAGUCUUGCUUGAAAUUCAUUAUCUAUGACUUCAGUGAAUUACUUAUUUGUUGUACUAAAUUUUGACAACCUCUUCUCCUAAAUGACUAUUUUAUAGCUUCAUCUCUGUCAUAUCUCUGAUAUUUCCUCCCUCUCACCAGAAAAGAACUUUUCAAGAAGUUAUCACUACAUUUUUGUCUUUUAACUGUCAAUAUGUUGUCGUAGCCAGAGCCAACUGAAAAGCCUUUUUUCUUUCCUUUUAUAGCAAAAUCACUUUAAAAAUUUGUCUAUAUCAUUGUUUUUCGUUUGUCUCUGCCACUCCUGUCACCCCAUUUUGUUUGGAUUUUCAUCCCCAUCAUGCUAUAGGAAUUGGUCUUGAUGUUUUCAGCUACCUCUGCAAACUCAUUUUAUUUUAUUGGUAUUAGGAAUUUAACCCGUGGGCACUUUACCACUGAGCACCAUCCCCAACCCUUUUUAUUUUAUUUCAAAACAGUCUCACUAAGUUGCUGAGGCUGUCUUUGAACCUGCUAUCCUCUUGCCUCUGCUUCCUAAGCCACUGGGAUUACAGGCAUGCACCACCAGUUCAAAACUCAAAUUCUUAACAUAUGUCUAGAGUUUCCAUGGAUAGCAGGGUUUGCUUUUCCUAUGUCUGUGGACCUGCUUGUUUCUCCAUCUUUCUUUGAUUCCCUUUAGCUCUAGUACUACAGUACAAGAGAGAAGUGGUACUAGAAUGCCAUACUACUUGGGACAAGACAAGUUAAUCUUAGGGGAGUUGAGAAAGUUCAGGUCUGAACAAACAGGACAUGUGCCUGCAAUCCCAAGAUGGUCAUAAAAUAUAUCACUGGUAAAUACAAUGUACUUCACCAUUACUUUUGUUCCUCAUUCAGAUACUUGCAUGGCUUGUUUGUUGCUACCCAGCUCACAUUUCACACCAAAAUAAAAUUUCCUAUUCUUUGUCAUGAAUGAUACUUUACCUGCCAGUCCAGGUGUGCCUUCAUAAUGACAAGAUUGGGCAUGUUUUCUGUCUUGGUACCUUUAUGUAAGAGAAUAUGUUGAAGACAAAGCAGGAAUAAAUUAAAGAAGUCAAUCAAUACACUGGAUUUUAAAAAUACUCCUAUUUCCUGAUAAUAAAGAUUAAAAACCUCCAAUUGGAUUAGUUUGUCAAGUGCUAAAUGGAAAAUUUUAAAGGAAAACUUUAUAACCUCAAUGUGUUAUAGACAAAAGUAUAAAGGGCAAAGAAUCUCUUCAAAGUUGUAAAAAGUGUAAUGGUUUUUGUUUGUUUUAGCAGUAAACUAGACAUUAAAGUCUACAGUUGGGUUGAAGGAAAGAAAUUACAAAUUAUUUUCUAUCCAACUAUAGUAUUUAAAUGCAAGGGUAGUAAAGACAAUUUCAGAUGUACAAGACCUCAAGAUUUGUUGGACACUAGGAGGUAAAGUGAUGGGCCCAACCCUAUGAAGUGUGGUAGAAACAGCCUACCAUAUGUUUUAGGUGGACACAAUAUCUUCAUUGUUUUACUUUGAUGUGGUGGUGAGGAUUGAACCCUGUGCCUCACGCAUGCCAGGUGAGCGCUUCCACUUGAGCCACAUCCCCACCCCAAAAAUAUACUGUUCUUAAAUAGCAGUACUUUGGGCAAAGCAGAGUUAUAGCUGAGGACCAGUGUCAGUGAAGAGUUAGCCUAUGCUUUUAGAAUUAGGGCUGCUGUUGUCAAGAACUAGCUUUUGAACCAUUUCCUUUACACAAAGGUACCUGUGACCACCUUGCUUGCAACAUGCGUCCUUUUCUGAAUAGUUCGAAGUGCUUUUCUGGCUGUCAAAGGUGCUUUAUAAUUAUUUAAAGUUUUUGUAAACAUUUCAUAAUAUGGAGUAGUGGUUAAGUCCUGACUGGCAAUUCUGUAAAAUGAGAAUGUGGGGUUGAAGUGAGAUCAUUAACAAAAAGAGAUUAAAUUUGAUAAUAAAGUUUGCCUGAAUUCAGGACAGGGGUAAAUAAUACAAGUUAAUGCAAUGUCUGCCAUUCAAUGUUCAACAAAUUAAAAGUAUCACUACUUCUAUGUAUGUUAUUAAGAAUAAUUUGAUAAUAAGUAAACUACCAAAGAAAUAGUACUCAAGCAGAAAAGCAACAUUUCAAACCAUAAAAACAUUUUAGUAUUACUGUCCAAAUGCCAGAUGUUCUUCAUUCCUUAAGCAAAGAUGUGAGUUAUUUUUCUGAAAGGAAAAGGAUCCUCUUUUGCCCUAGUCACCAUUUCUUUUGUAAAUACUGCAAUUGUGAAGCAUCUUCUUGGCUUGUAGGACCCCAAAAAGGUUUGGCUUGAACAUAUCAACUGAGCAGAGUAAUUGUAGUAGGAUGAAUUAGAUUUUGACAUUCACCUGGAUUGAGGGAGGAAAGACUCAAUCACCUUUUAUGGCAAGUAGUAGGGAAAUAAUCAGAUUUGGUAUUCAAAAACCUGAGUUAUUGCUCUAUUCAGUGUUACCAGUCUAAGUCAUUUUCUUAUAUUUAUAAUGAAGCUGAUAAUGAGCUUCAUUUCAGUUUUUUGUUUUGUUUUUUUCCAUGUCAAAUAAGAGGAUGUGCAAAUGCACUCAAUUUUUUGUGCAUUGCUUCAGUGGAGUGAUGAGACUCUGCUUUAUUUAAGCAAGUGUCUGACCUAAGAAGGAAGUGUUUAAAUAUCAAUGAAGGCUUUAGUAGAAAAGUCAAACCUGUGUUUUGGGGUCAUUUAAAAAGGGGGAAAAAAGAAAUUUAAUUGCACAUAACACAAUUUACUGUUUUUUGUAGAUCUCACAUCUCUCUUUAACUGAUCUUUCAUGUUUGUAGACACAAGAUCUUACAAAUCAGAAGUAUAAAUCCCAAGAAGCAAUUUUGUGAUUUCUUAUGGAAAUAGCUCAGUGAUUGUUGCCUGCUUAGCUGGCCAGGUAUGGUGGUGCAUGUCUGUAAGCCCAGAGGCUAGGAAGGCUGAGGGAGGAUUCCAGUUUUGAAGCCAGCCUCAGCAAUUUAGCAAGGCUGUAAAUAACCUAGUGGGACCUCAUCUAAAAGUAAGAUUAAAACGACUGGGGAUGUGACUCAGUAGUUAAGCACACUUGGGUUUGAUCCCUGGUGCCAAAAUAAUACACCUAGCUUGCAGGAAACCUGUGUACUAACCACUCACCCACCCUUUCUCGGAUCAAAGACAUUCUGUUAACUGUGUGACCUUUGGGAAAUCAGUCAAUCUCUGAGCUGUAGUUCUCUUGUCUACAAAAUGGGGAAACAGAAUUACAAUAAUAUCAGAUAUACAAUACAAUAGGUUUUAAAUUGACUUAAGCAUAGGCAGGGAAAGGAAGUUAAUCUCUCUAGAUCAGUAUAGAGCAGCUCAUCAAUGCCUCUGGAGUACAUGAGAUCAAAGCUUUUCAUAGUAGCCCCAUUUGCUGUUUGUCAUUGUCACAAGUGUACAGAGUAGUUUCUGUUUUCAGCUGCAUGAUAAGUAUUAUUCAAUACAGUCCUCAUAAAAAUGCUCUCAGGCCUUAAGUAGUUUUUUAAAAAUGUGAAAGUGUAAAGAGAUCAAAAGUUAGAAAACUGCUGGUGUGGAGGAUAUACUACCUCUAAUGUUCCACGUUGUUUACUCUCCAUUCUCUAUUGUGAAGAUCUAUCUGCCAUCCGUAUAUUCAGUUGUCAAUGUGUAUCUACCAUAUCUUUUUUAUUCCCUUUUAGUGCAUAGAAGAAUUUCUCUAGUCUAAUUUCACUAAAUUUUGCUAUGGGGCUUUUCACAGUGGCUAUAUGAAUUUAUACUCCCACCAGCAUUACUUGUUUCCUCACAUCCUUGUCAGUACUAUAAUUUUUGCCAUUCUGAGUUUUGUAAAGUGGCAUCUUAUUUAUAUUUUUCAUUUCCUCCAAUUGUUUUUCACUUCUGUUUUUCUUUUGGUUAGUCUUCACGUAUUUCUUCCUGUCAUUAAACUUUCUAAGAAUUGGCCUCUAGUUCUGUUAAGUCUUUCCUCUAUACCAUAUUUGAUUCCUGCUUUCACCUUAACUUUGUUAUUUCCUUGUGUUCUAUUAAGAUAAGCAACACUUAUCGUAAAUACUUAUUUGUUUUGAGCGUUUAUUAUUUUCUGAUAAAGUAUUUAAAGAUAACAUAAUUCUCUUUAAUUACUUUUAGGCAUAUCCUGUAAAUUUUGACUGGCAGUAUUUUCAUUACUACUAAGUGAUUAUAUAACUUCUUUUCAUGGUUUCUUCUUAACUCAAGGAUUUAUUUCUUAGAUAUUUAGUUGGCAGGUAUAUGAAUUUUACAGUUGCCUCUUAUUUGCUUUCUUUUUGCAUUGCAUUAUGCUCAGAGAACAUGAUUGGCAUAAUUUUUUUUUUUUAGGCUAUUUGCUGUUUUCUUUAUGGCCUGAUAAGUGGUCAAUUUUGUGAAUGUCUGCAUUUGCACUUGAAUGUAUAGUUUCUUAGUAUUGAGUGUAAAUUUCUCUACAAAUUGGUAUGUUUUUCCCUUUAAUAAAUGUCUCUAUAUUUAA